AUGUUCCGUGUCAUGAUGCGGAGGACGCGCUACGUGGCAAUCAUCCUCAUUGUGGCAGCAGUGGUGGUGUUCUCCUUAUGGCGCCCCCCUCACAAAAACACGCUUACGCCGCCGGCUGAUUUCGAGGCUAACCAGGCUAAACAAGGACGCCAGUAUACGUUUAACCUGUUUGGGGGUUCCCUAAAUAUCGGAAAUGCUAUGGAUCGGUGCUCAGAGAUCAGUAUUGGCCACAAUACUACCAUUACUGAUGAGGGUGCCAUAGCGUUCGAUGUGGCGUCGUUUCUCACCAGAUUUGAGUCAGAACUUGAGGAAUGGCAGCUUGCGAUGGCUACUACGGUAUCAGAACAAAUCACAAAGGAUCAAUGGAGUCAUUGGGAGCGUUUUGGUGGUCUGGCCGUCUACUUAAAUGACGACGUUUUGGUGAUGGCUCUGAGGGUGAUAUACUCCAAAACUGGAGACCGACGCCAACCCCAGCUAAGCUUAGUGCUUGUAGAAGCCAUGGAUAAAGCAGGAAACUCAUUGGAAGAGGUCAAUGGUAUCAAAUACCCUUACUUGUUACCGGUACCAUUUACCGUGGAAAAUGACCAGUGUGCGGGACCAGAAGACCCUAGGGUGGUGAAAGCUGAUGAUAAAGUGUUUGUGGUGUUUAACAUGUGGUCUGACGGCCAGAGACGGAUGUAUUUGAUGCCAUUAUCUCCUGACUCCCAACCCGUUGAAUUAAGGCUCCCCGCGGCUGGAAAUGACUCGAAUCGAGCCGAAAAGAACUGGACACCGUUCUACGAUGCUAACCAUCCCAAUACAUUACAAUUCGUUUACCGGUGGGAGCACUUUCAAGUGGUAAGGUGCUCUUUAGGUAGCGGAGAAUGUACCCUUGUUACGGGCUCAGAAGCCGAUUUAUCGCGUCCGAUACUGGCGAUGAGAGGCGGCACUCCCCUUAUCCCUGUAAACGGAGGCUGGUUGGGGUUUGCCCGCGCCCAUUUGCUCGACUGCGGCUGUGGAUGGGAGACCUAUAGGCCCAAUUUGGUGGCUAUAGCGGCCAAUAAUGAUGGAGGAUAUUGCCUAAGCGACGUCAGUGGCUACGUCGACUUUGACGUGGCGAUGACGCUGUGGGAAGGCGAAGGGAACGUGUGUGACAUGAAGGCAAUGAGACCCAAUGCCAUGGUCCCCACGGGGCUAGAUCUUGACGGGGACGGGCAUUUAAGGCUUUGGUAUAGUGUUAACGAUCAGGACGUGGCCUAUUUGACCCUUGAUAAGCUGUUUAUCGGCCAAAUAUCUCCUCAAUGCCGUCUGGAAGAGCUGCACUUGUACUGUGCCCUCGGCGAGUCCUACCAGCGGUGUACCGAUUAUUUCUUCAAGUACGGUGUGGGAGAGUACUCCGAGUAUCAUUGA